CGGAAGGAACCGUCAAAUUCCAAGCACCAUCCAGCACUCACCGCACAGCACCCACAGCACCCUUAACCUCAAUAGAACUCAUCUCUCGAAGGCACCCCCAACCCUCAGCGUGACAGAUAUGAAAGGAAACGCCGUUCGAAGGGAUCACUUCAACGUCUACCGCACCGCCGAUAGCUCGGGAUAUGUUGUCGAAGAUUCCUACGUUGCGGAGGCUGGAAACGCGAGUUCCGUUCUAGUGCUCACCCCAUCCGGAGCUUCAGUCAAAACAGGGGUCAACGCAAGGUCGCUGGCGCUUCAGGGAACCGACCCCUUCGAGAUCUGCGCCGUCGUUGGUGUGAUUGAGCUUGUCCUAGGCAAGUACGUCGUAGUCGCCACAGCCCGCACACUUGCCGCUACUGUCCAAUCGCACAAAAUCUGGAGGAUAACGGCUGCAAACCUGUUACCACUCGGUGCGGGUGCUGUCCAUGGGCAGCUCUCCCCUCGCAAUGUGGAUGAGAAAACGCUUGCCAAGUAUACGCUGGAUCACGAACUACUUCAGUCUGUGAAUGAAAUUGUCAACUCGGGGCACCUCUACUUCUCAACCACCUACGAUCUUACCCACUCGAUACAACACAACCAGCUGAAAGCUGCCGGACAAGCUUCUCGCACAGUUGUCGACGACCGAUACUUCUUCACUCGGGCCCUCGCUAAGCCUUUACUUGAUGUUGGGAAGGAUGCCGAACCUUGGGUCAUCCGUGCGAUUAGCGGCUUUGCUGGAACGAUCGACCUGAAGGUCAAGCUCCCGGAAUCCGAUAUACCGGCCAUUUACAAGCUCACUUUGCUGUCUCGCCUAAAUGGUCGCAGGAUGGGUACGCGAUACGUGCGACGUGGGCUCGACUUUGAAGGCAAUACGGCAAACAAUGUCGAAAUGGAACAGAUUCUUUUUCACGAAGAUUACAUCAACCGAAAAAAGAUCAGCACUUUUGUGCAGAUCCGCGGGUCUGUGCCCUCAGUCUGGGGUCAGGAUUUAAAUCUGGAUUAUAAGCCGGAGCUCUUGAUUGCGUCCAUCGACAAGACUGUGGUUUGGAACUCCUGCAAAAAGCACUACGACGAUCUGAAACGACAAUACAUCGGCGAAGACACAUUCAUUCAAGGAGGGUCGGAUGUCGGGAAGGUGGUGUGCGUCAAUCUACUGGACGUGACGGGCUUCGAGGGAAGGUUGACGAAGGUCUAUGAAGACUCCGUGAAGCGAUUUAUGGACGAGAAGGUCGUCUACGAGGCAUUCCCCGUCAAUAAAUGGUGCAAAGGCGCGAAGUACGAGAAUAUGGACAUCUUGUUAGACCGGGUUCGUCACCGUCUAGUGAGCAGCGGAUGGUUCAUUGCCGAUGGCGCGGUCCCGACGCUGGCGACCAAAGGCUCGUUGGAGGUGUCGAAACUGCAAACGGGAUUGGCUCGCGUGUCGUGCCUGGAUUCUCUCGAUCGCACAAACCUGACGUGCAGUAUCUUCGCUCGGUACAUGUUGGCCUACCAGCUGCAAACCAUUUCGCCCGAUCUUCCGCCAUUGCCGGUGGGCCAGGACGGUGUGAUUGCGAGUGAUCUAGUCGAUCCUGUGGCUGUGGCCCGUCAAGCAUUGGAGCCCUCUAGGCAGAUCUUGACGAACAUGUGGGCGGACUCUGGUGACGCGAUCAGUCUGCUUUAUGCGGGAACUGGGGCUCUGAAAGCUGAUGUCACCCGGACGGGAAGGAAGACGCUGAAAGGAAGCUUGAAUGAUGGUAUCAACUCCUUGACCCGGUUCUACCUCAACAACUUCGUCGACGGCCGCCGCCAAGACGCCUACGACCUCAUCACCGGCAAAGCCGUCCCCACUCAAAUCGAAAAACUAAUCGACACAGAAGGCCUCAAGCGCGCCCAGCGCGUGCGCCAACCCUUCAUCGCAAAAGGACAAGGCAUCCUCGGCCGUCUCCUCCCGACCAUGGUCGUCAACAACGUCGAGCCACUACUCCAAACCACUAACGACUACGUCCAGUUCAACAUUCUCGGUCGUCGGCCCACCAUCAAUGGGACGGGACCGGCCCCGCCGAGCGGGAAGACGGGACAGGACCCACCCAACCCGCGGUGGAUCUCCCCACAUGUGGAUUCGCAGGGGUCGGCGCGCUCGUUGGCCGGGUUGGCGGUGUCGGUGGUCAAGCUGUAUGCGCCGGAACAUGUCAACAACGCAGUCGAGUUUGUCGUUGCGCUUUGUGUGAUUUGGUACCUGUACUUGAUUGCCAAGAUUACGGGGAUACAGGGACAGUUGGUUGUCAACAGGCCGAAGCUUAGUGUGGAGUAUCGGAACAUUUUCGAGCUGUUGGACUAGGAGGCUCGGAGACAUGAGUUUAUCACCAUAGCGCUCGGGUCAUCGGCGUACGAUCGUUUUCUAUAUAGUUCUAAUUUCAUUGGCUUCCUCAUGGGACGCUACCCUUCAGAUUCUAGACCUCAUUCCUUUAACCUAUAUCCCUUACCAGAAAACUUGGAAAUUGAGAAAUUCUAUUGACGAACAUCACG